GUUGUUAUCCACCCACUUAACUUAGCUCAGACCAGUUGACAUGGAGGACAAGAGGGCCUUGGUGAGUAGAAAACACAUUUGGCACUCAAUGUCAUACAGUACCAAAAUAGUUUGUUAGAAUGAUUUUCAAUACAAUGUCGAUUGAUGUUUCAGUGUGAACCACCGCCCCUUCCCGCUGAAGGUGUGUAAGUGUUAUUGUGUCAAUGUGAUCAUCAGAAAGUAACAUAACUUGACAAUGCCUGGUGUAAUACUGCAUGGUCAUUGUUCACUGACUUUCUUGAGUUGUCUUCUAGUAGCAGGAGGUGAAUCUCAGGAGUCUCUCCGAGAUGUGGAAAGAAUUAGGUCAGAGGUUGAACCACGAGCCAAGACUAUUGAUUCCCUGUGCAAAACUCUGUCCAUGCACGAGGCAGAGAGAACCCAGAAUCUCAAUACCAUGGCAGUCCUUCAAUCCGAGGUGCACCAUUUGGCUGCACAUGUUGCCGCCCAGCACUUUGAGGAGCGUUUUGAGGGCCUAGGCUGUGAGGUCUCCACUGAGCUCCACUACCUGCGCACUCUCCUGUCCCACUCUCCCUGCUCCUGCCCUACUCUCCAAGCCUCCUGCUCCAGCACUCACCCCUCAGAUAUCCAGAGGCAGGCUGCCAUCAACCACAUCUCUCAGGAACUCUACCACAGUCGUGUGGGAGCAGAUUGCUGAGCUAAGGGAGGAAGUCCACAACUUUCAUGGCCUGCUUAGCAAGUUUGAUUUGAUGUUUUUCAGAACAAGACCCCCUUCCAUGAUGUUGUUCUAAUGGAGGCUUUUUAUAAACCUAACUAAAGUUUUCCUUUCCUUUUUAGAAAAACUAAGAGACGAAACUAUGCGCAGAUUGACAGAGAAAUACUGCAAAUAUUAUAAGAGCUCAGAGCUCACAUUUCUUUCGCCCAAAUCACUUUGACCUGAAUGAUUUCACUCAUCAAACAAACAAUACAAACUUUACACUUGAAACAAUCUUCUGAACUGUACAUGGGUUAUAAUGAUUUGGACUGCUGAAGCUUAUCUCAUGUUAUGUGACAUGUUCUGGAAUAUAUAUCUGGAAUAUGUAUCUAUCUGUCUCAAUUUUCAGUGCUUGGAGAGGAUGAUUGACAGCUAUCAGAUGAAGGACGACAUACUCAAACUGCAGAGGCCUCAGGACAUGCUCAGGUGAAAUUUAAGGUCAGAUGUUUCUGAGUUACAGAAUAAGCUUCAAACUAUAACAAUAUCGAAAGGCAAGGCUCCCAAUAAAACGGGCCGAACUGAACAAGUAGGACAGAGGGUUAUGCCAGCCGAUUCAGAUUCAGGCAAAGUGGAACAUGCCAAAGGAAUGACACCAAAGAUCAAACUGGAAAUCAAUGUGUCUGCCGGGUAAAUGAAAGCACACAAAUAACAUUCUUUGCUGUUUCUCAUCUAUUACUGACAACAGUAAUUAUUGUUAUCAUCUAAUUAAUAAGCACACUUAAAUUGAUGAAUAUGUUAUAAGGGUAACCACAUUAGAAGUGAAUUCUUCAUUUUGUCUCU